AUGAAUAAUAAACUCUUUCUCUUUGUAUUGUUUUAUAUAGGAUGUCAUUGUGCUACAUUAAAAGAAACAGUAGUUACUAAACACCAAUUAGUUCCUUUGUCUGAAUGUACUAAAGCUAGAGUUACACAUUAUGAUAUUGAAACAUGGAAUUCAGGUACUGCUUGUUCAUUUGGGGAACAACCAACACAAGUUAUUCCUGGGUAUAUGUUUGGAGGUUCAUUAAAUGAAGCGUUUUUUGACCAUAGUAAUAAGUGUGGUAUUUGUUAUGAAGUUGUUGGUCCUAAAGGAACAGUUAGGUUUAGAGCUGACAACAAAUGUGCUGUUCAAGGAAAUGAAAAAUAUUGUAGUGGAGAUAUGCAUCAUUUUGAUUUAGUUGAAAAUACUUUCACAUAUGUUACAGAUGAAGAAGGAAUAUCCAAUGUAACUUUUAGAAUGGUUGCAUGUGAUUAUACAGGAAACUUAAAACUGAAAACAUACUCUGGUUCAAAUAAUUACUUUUUAGAAUUUGUUGUUCAUGAACACACCCUUGGUAUAACUAAAUUAUUAUUAAAAGAUAAUGAAAUGAAAGAAUUUGUUAAUGUUCCAAGGUCAGAAUAUAAUACAUGGAGAUAUGGGAACAUUGGAAGAGCAUUUAGUUUUCCAGUUACUGUCCAAGUUUAUUCGAUAGCUGGAACUUAUGUUACUGUAAGUGUUACUAAUGGAAAUGAGGGACAUACUUUUGAGGCAGAUGGUAAUUUCAAAAUUCCAAACAAUAAAUAUUUUGAUAUUGAUACACUUGAAAUGAAAGAUAUUCCAACCGGUACCACAGAAUGCUGUUCAUUAAUGGAAGAUGAUUAUUCUACUCUUUACAAAGAGGGAGAUGUUCAAGGAACUUAUAGAAAUUUACCUGUAAAUGCCGAUAUAACUUUAAAUGAUAAGGAAAAUCCAAAGAAUGGAGAGUAUUGUUUGAGAGCUGACAUGAAUGGUUGGGGGGUUAAUCCAACUAAAUGCCUAUCAUCCGGCACAAGCAGAUCAAUACACCCCCUUCAUUUCUUUUUAAAAUCAAAAGACAAGUGUUCGAAUUGUUUUAAUGUCCAAGCACAAGGCCUGGAUAACGAUGGGUUGACUAUUUCAACAAAAGAAGUAGGGGAAUGGACAGAAUUUAAAAUUCUUUUGACAGACUUAGGAGUUACUAACAAUGAGUUUUGGGGGUUUAGAGGACAAAACAUGAAUAACGAUAAAAAAACUUUCUGGCUAGAUGAUAUUGAGCUCAUUAAAGAUCCAGAUGCCCCAGAUGCUGGCAAAUGUUAUAACACUGAUGUCAAUUACAUACCAAAUACUUAUACUGAUGAUGAUGAUUUUAAUAAUUCAACUUCUUCAUCAAAAGAUGGAGAGACAACAGGUAGUAAUUCAGACACAACAAUAGAUAGUAGUUCAGACACAACAACAGGCAGCAACUCAGAAAAUGAAGAUGGGUGUUCUCAUUUGUUGGUAUGUUAG